AUGGCGUCAAACCUCACUGUAAAAGUUCACCCUGUUGUAUACAUGACGAUUGUCGACUCAUAUCUUCGGAGACAGCGACCAACGAAGGCUGGCCAACCUGCCAAUGACAAGGCAUUGGGUACUCUCAUGGGAUUCUACGAAAAAGAUGCUGUGCAGGUUACUAACUGCUUUGCCAUCCCCUUCAGUGAGUCAAGAGACGAUCUGGAGAUCGACGACUCUUUCAAUCAGCAGAUGAUUCAGAUGUUGAAAAGAGCAGCUCCCACUGAACAGCCUGUAGGAUGGUUCUACACUUCUUCCGAUCUUUCGUCAAAUUGCCUCACCUAUCACGACUACUACCAUAGAGUUAUUAACGAGGUAUCGCGAAAGGAAGUGCCACCUCUCAUUCUGCUCACAUUGGAUACCACAUUUUCAAGUGUGGAUGACAAAUACCGUAUGCCCAUGAGGGCCUAUCUCAGAACAUUGGCGGGAAUUCCGCGCGCACGAGACCCUCACUGUGCUAUAUUCAAUCCUCUGCGCGUCGAGCUUGAUGCAUUUCCUGGAGAAUGCGUAGCAAUGCAGCUCAUUGAGAAUGCUCUUGACUCACGCCGACGCGAGGUUACUAUGGAAAGCGGUCUGGAACAGCUGGAGAGAAGCAUAGGACAGAUUAUUGAAUGGCUGGAGAGACUGUUAGAAUAUGUGAAUGAGGUGAUGUCUCGCGACGAACUGCCUGCUGACGCUACAAUGGGUCGGCGGUUGAUGGAUAUUGUUAAUACGGCUGCAACACACAUGCAGACUGAAAAACUCGACAGUCUCGUUAAGAAUAGUCUCAGGGAUUACAUGAUGAUUUCCUAUUUGGCUAACCUCACCACCACGCAGCUACAAGUUCACGAAAGGAUGACGAACAUCUGA